AUGGCCGAGCCAGAGGGGAAGACUAGCCUCGUGAUUAGGAGGGCCUUGCAAGCACGUGUGGUAGAGGAUGCUGCCCCCCCACGCCAACACAUUUUCAUCACCCGUUGUAAAAUUGGUGACGAGGUAUGUGAUUUGAUUAUUGAUGGAGGGAGUGAGGCUAAUACCGUGUCUAAGACCUUAGUAUCUAAACUUGGUCUAACUACUACUAAUCAUCCACAACCUUACAAGUUGAGUUGGUUAGAUUCAAAUGCUAGCACCGGGGUUAGGAAGCAAUGCAUGGUUUCUUUUUGUGUUGGUUCAUAUUGUGAUUCUAUAUUAUGUGAUGUUGUGUCUAUGGAUGCUUGUCAUAUUCUACUUGGUAGACCUUGGCAAACUGAUAAAAAAUCUAUACAUGAUGGGUAUCACAACACGUAUACCAUAGUCCAUGAAGGGAGGAAGAAAAAACUACACCCUUUACCACCCCCACGGUUUUCACCAUCACAAACCCCACAAAAAGAAGUAUCCUUGUUGUCUCUUAAAGAGUUUGAGAGGGAGUUGGAAGGUGAGGGGGAGUUGUUCAUGCUAUACUCCAAGGAAACCCACGAAAAAUUUGUUGCUCAUAAUCCUAGGUUAGCCCAAUUGAUUAAGGAUUUUGAGGACGUUUUUCCGGAUGAAUUACCUAAAGGACUACCACCCAUACGAGGAAUUGAGCAUCAAAUUGAUCUCAUUCCCGGAGCACCCUUGCCAAAUAAACCAGCCUAUAGAUGUAACCCUUUAGAAACUAAGGAGUUACAACGACAAAUUGAAGAGCUAAUGGGUAUGGGUUAUGUGCGUGAGUCCAUGAGUCCAUGUGCCGUUCCUGCUUUGUUGGUCCCUAAGAAAGAUGGUACUUGGAGAAUGUGUAUUGAUAGUAGAGCCGUUAAUAACAUUACCAUCAAGUACAGGUUUCCAAUUCCAAGGCUUGAUGACAUGCUUGAUGAGCUGAGUGGUUCCAAG